AUGGCAUAAUUUGUCAUGUUUGAAAUAAGGAAGUCAGCAUGCCUAACAGUAUGCGCGUGUGUGUAUUUGUGUGUGUGUGUGUGUGUGUGUGUGUGUGUGUGUAGGUUGUACCAAUUGUCCAAGGCGGGCAAGCUGUGUGUUCCUGCCAUGAACGUCAAUGACUCUGUGACCAAGCAGAAGUUUGACAACCUGUACUGCUGCAGAGAGUCCAUCCUGGACGGGCUGAAGAGGACCACUGACGUGAUGUUCGGGGGGAAGCAGGUGGUUGUGUGUGGUUAUGGAGAGGUGGGAAAGGGCUGCUGUGCUGCACUGAAAGCCAUGGGCUCCAUCGUCUAUGUCACCGAGAUCGACCCCAUCUGUGCCCUGCAGGCCUGUAUGGAUGGCUUCAGACUGGUGAAGCUGAAUGAGGUCAUCAGACAAGUGGACAUUGUCAUCACCUGCACAGGCAACAAGAACGUGGUGGUGAGGGAGUACCUGGACCGCAUGAAGAACGGCUGCAUCGUCUGCAACAUGGGACACUCCAACACCGAGAUCGACGUGGCCAGCCUGAGGACCCCAGAGUUGACCUGGGAGAGGGUGAGGUCACAGGUGGACCACGUCAUCUGGCCCGACGGCAAGAGGAUAGUCCUGCUGGCAGAGGGGCGUCUGCUGAACCUUAGCUGUUCUACAGUGCCCACCUUUGUGCUGUCCAUCACCGCCACCACUCAGGCCCUGGCUCUGAUAGAGCUGUACAACGCUCCAGAGGGGCGCUACAAGCAGGACGUCUACCUACUUCCAAAGAAGAUGGACGAGUACGUGGCCAGCCUCCACCUCCCCACGUUUGACGCCCACCUAACGGAGCUCAGCGAUGAGCAGGCCAAGUAUCUGGGCCUCAACAAGAACGGGCCCUUCAAGCCCAACUACUACAGGUAUUAAAGGUUGAGCCGAGGUGGAAAUACAGAAGGAACCAAUACUCCAUGAACCGCACAGAUCCAUCGACAAAGAGGGGGGAAGAAGAAGAGGGUGGGGGAGGAGGACACCUGCUUUUAACCUGGGGGGGGGGGAGGGAGCUCUGGUCUAGCGAAUCGGAGCCCAGAGGGGGGGGGGGGGGGGGGGGGGGGGGCGUGUCUCUCUGCGCUUUUGGCAGUGUUUAUUUAUUGACGCUAGAAUACCGUAACUCUUACCUUGUCGAGCUACUCCAGCUAUUAGCCAGGGACCUAGCUAAACAGCAUGACAUCAUCAUCAUCCUUGUCUCUUCUCUCUUUAGCUACGUUGUGUGUCAAGUCAGUAAGUCGGUCACAUGUCCCCCCCUCCUCUUCCACUACAACCGUUUUAUUGUAGUUUAUUAACUGGGAUGAAAUUAUUGACGGGUGGGGGGAGGGGGGAAUAACAAGAAAAGAGUAAGAAAUGAAAGAAGAGAAAAACAGCAAAAAGGUUUCAGAUUGUGUGUGAACAUGCUCUCUGCUGAUGUAGUGACGGGCACGCUCCCGUCUCCUUUUUCUACUCCUGGGUUUGUUUCUUUUCGCUUUUUGUUUUCUUUGCGAUGUUGGGGUCGUCGUCGUCGUCGUAGUAGUAGGGUGGGUGGGGUCACCGGUGGGGUCAUCUUUUAUUUGAUCGUUUCAUUCAUUCUGACGUAUAACUCUUUUUUUUUGGUCUGUUUUUAAGUAUUUUUUAAAAUGUGUUUUCUUUCUAUGCCCUUGAUUUCAAGUGUGACAGUUUGUCUCUAAUAGAACUGGAUAGUGACUGGUGCAAGAGUGGGGUCCUAUUCUCUGAUUGGACAGGACCUCUUUCGUUCACCUGUCACUCAAACACAGUGGCACCAUCUCAGCGUCAGUUGAAGUCUCAGCUUCUAUGGAUGGUGUUCCAAAACCCCGAAUCACUCAGCUAGCACGCUGAGCUUUGGGAAAUCAGUGAUUAUUCAGCAAUUCUUUUUUUUUCUUUCUUUUCUCUCUUAAAUCUAAUGAAAGAUCCACUUUACAGUGGGUUGCUGGGAGCAAUGGGGUACUCAAAUUAUCCUGCAUAUCUUUCGUUUUAAAACGUGAAAAAAAUAUGAAGAAUCUUUUUGUGGCGUUUAUCCAGCUAGCCUAUUGAUCCUACCUUGUGGGUCACCCCCUCCCAGCUGCUAAUUACAUGAUGCCAGUGUUGACGUUUAUGACAAGUAACCUCCCAGAGACGCUCCAUGAUGAUGCCGGUGUUGACGUUUAUGACAAGUAACCUCCCAGAGACGCUCCAUGAUGUUGACAGUUACGGUUGGGUUUGGUUUAUUUGAUCAAGCAGCAAACUGUACCAUAAGCAUGGCAGGACAUAAACUCAUAACAAGGGGUAUAUAUUUAGAUAUUUAUAUUAUAGAUAAGAUUUUUCUAUCUUUUUUCCCUCCAUCUAAUAUCUUACCUUUGAAAAAGAAAUCGAAACAAUAUUAUAUGUCAUUAUUAUAAAAGAUAAGCAAUUAAAUGUUCUAUGAUAUGCUAAGUGUAAUAAAUGUACUGAAACCUUCAUCUUGAAUACUGUGACGCAGAGCUUAUGUCAGAGAGAUAUACCAAAUGUACAGCACACACAGCUACGUACCUGGCUCACGUUUCCCAGACCUUAACAGUAAUGUGCUGUGAUGGUGAUCAAAUACGCAGCGCAUACGUAGUACAGCCACAACUAAUUGGUACACGCGCACACACACACACACACACAGACACACAGGGCCUUGGUUAUUAUCAUUCGAGAGGUCAAAGUGGGCCCAAAUGACUGGGGUUGAAGCAUAUUCUUGUUAUUGAUUGUGGACCGAAAUUUCUAGUUUCACACCUAAAACUCAUGUUUCCAAUCUUUACUGUUGACAUUCGUUCAUCAAAAAAAGAUGAUGGAAGGGAAUAUUGACCUUAAAUCUUUCCAAAAUUUGUGAAAUGGUUGUGAAUCAUGGAGUCUUUCCUCCAGUUUUUGUUCUGUGUAAGAGGGCCAAACUCAGCUGGUACGAUUAACAGUUGAUAUCCUCAAUGGUUUGUUCCCUAGACAAUGUGACAGUGUAAAAGUAAAACAUGCAAAAAGUAACAGGAAAAAAAAGAUGACUGUUCUCAAAUCUGUCUGCCAGUGUUCCAUCUGCCUUGCUCUGGUUCUACCUAAAGUCUCUACCCACCACCCAGCUGGUAGACACCAGAUGAGUUAGCAGCCUUUGACUGGACAUGUGCACAUGUCACCCUGUCCAUACUGUAAAUCCUAGUUCCUGUCCUAAUAGUCAGUCCUAAACUACCAUUUGUGCAUUUACAUCCCCCAACUCAACCCCCAUGGAAAGAGCUGUGUAGUCGGCCAGCCUGACUGUGAUCCUCUCGUCAAUGCAGUUGGACUGUAGGGCAUCAUCCUUGCACUGUCAUCUCAUCUCCUGAAACAGGUUAUGCUGAGCUGUCUUGUGUUGAUCUGUUCUAUUGGUGUUGCUGUGUCCGAGAGGUUUGGAAUGUGUGUGUGCGUGUGUGUGUGCGUGUGUGCGUGUGUGAGAGAGAGGUGUGUGUGUAAGAGAGUUUUGUGUGUGUGUGUGUUCGGGUCAUGUGUAGGGCGUUGUGGUUGCUUUGAUGCAGUUGUCUCAGGAUCAGAGCCUGUGGGCCGGGGGGGUGGGGGUGGGGGGGCAGUUUUGGGUCCCACGGCUACAUCACAGGGGUGGGGGGAGGGGGGGCGACACCAGCAUCUCGUAUGGACGGCCAGUGAACUCAACAGUCUAGGAACUAAAGAUCAGAGCCACUCCUGUAUGUAUUGUUGUAAAAUCUCCUCGGUACAAAACGGCAACAAUUCUCCAGAUGUUAAACUUAAACUCUCAACAAUGUUAAAAUAUUGCAAGUGAUAAUGGUAGAUGAGCAAUAAGAAACCUGUAAUCUUCAAGAAUAAAGAUGAAAAAUAAAAAAAAGUAUGAAACUUU